AUGGCUGCCCCGAGUGCCACGGACGAGAUGGACCGGCUGCAACUAUCAGACAAGGACUGGGCCUCGCCGUCCCAGCGCCGCACAACACCAGCCGCCGCCUCGUCCGCAGAGAGAACGCAGAAUCGCGAGACCACUCCCUCGCUGGAUCAGCAAGAAGCCCGAGAGAUCGCACUCCGUAACGAAUUGCAGACAGUGAGGAAUGUCAACCUAGCUAUUGAAGGGGUCCUGGCGAGCCUUGAAAGGGCCAAGGGAAACAUGGAGACGGUCUCGCGUACGGUGGACUCGGCGUCGACGCUACUGAAUACCUGGACCAGGAUAUUAUCCCAGACAGAACAUAAUCAAAGACUACUCCUGGAUCCCCGAUGGCAAGGCGCUUCUCACGACAUCGCCGAAAUGGAAAGCGAAGCAGCGGCGAAACAGCAGGCAGCUGAGCGGAGAGAGCGGGAGCUCCAGGAGCGUCGCGAAGCCGCCGCACGCAAGGCGGAAAAGGAGGAGAAAGCGCGAGCAGCUGGCACAGCGGCGGCUGGUAGAGGCCGUGGCACAGUCAGAGGCAGGGCGGUGCGUGGGGGAUUGGGAAGGACCCCGAGUGUCUCUGCUUCGAAGACCAGCACCGCGACGAAAACAGCACGACCCGGUUCGGCGGCAGCCACGCGACGACCAGUGAGUGGCAUUGCGCGGGGAUCCAGCGUCACCCGUGGACGCGGUAAACCUUAG